CCCUUCUGUCCAAAAUGGAUCCUGCUCAGCGUUCGUAGUAGUCCGCCGAGGAUAAUUAUGUGAGGAUGUGCUCGGCGCGCCGCUGGACUUCCCCGAGUGGUGAGCCGCGCCGGGAAUCACUGUGGCUGUGAAUCCAUGCCUGGCAGUGAGUGGCCGGGGCGAGAGAGCAGCCACCGGACGGGCGCUUCGCGGCGACAAUUUGCACUUUUGCCGGAGGAUCGCACUUUGACUCUUUGAGAAGUGGUUCUUGGAACUCAAGGCAAGAUGAGUGCCUAUAAUACGGACAUCUCAUUCAAACAAGCGCUGAAGAAGCCGCCGGCGCUGCGGACACAGGAGGAUCUGAACACUAUUUACUGCCAUUUGUACAACAUGGAUGUUUUGUCACACCUCAGGGAACACCAGCUAAGGUCAAUGUGUAGCUCGGUCCGCUACGAGAAAUACGAGGCGAACCACAUCCUGUUCUACCCUGACAACGUGUCCACAUGCUGGUACAUACUACUUUCUGGCUCCGUGUUUGUUAAGGAGCACAUGUACUUGGCAAGAUGCUGCUUUGGCAAGCAGCUGGGGGGCAGGCGAGGCUGUGAAUGCAUCACACUAGAGCCAUCAGAGAUGAUUGUGGUGGAGAAUGCCAGUGAGGUCGAGGAGGGAGCACUGCAGCGCGACUUGCCCCUGCGUGGUUCUCGCCGCCGCUAUCGAAAAGUCAACCCUUGGGGAGAGAGGGAGCUGAUCACAGAUGCCCAGGACUCCUCUGACCACCACACGGAUUAUGCUGAUGGCCAGCUUCCUGGGGACCUAAACAAAAUGCACCUCACAGACCACCCACAUCAGGUGAUGCAUGUCCCAGCUAGCCAGUCAGGAUGCAGCAUUGCCAGCGACUCGGAGAGCAGCAGCCUAUCGGACAUCUACCAGGCAACAGAGAGUGAUCUGGGUGAUGUGGACCUGUCAGGGCUCCCAGAGGCUGCAGUGGACUCGGAGGAUGAGGAGGAGGAAGAUGAGGACCUUGAGAGGACCACCUACCCGUUGGUAGGCCGAGACCUGGUGCGAGAGUGUCUCGAGAAGGAGCCAGUGGACAGAAAUGAUGACGAUAUCGAGCAACUACUGGAAUUCAUGCACCAGCUCCCUGCCUUUGCCAACAUGACCAUGUCCGUCAGAAGGGAACUUUGCACGGUCAUGGUCUUUGAAGUGGUGGAGCGGGCUGGGACUGUUAUACUUCACGACAGGCAAGAGCUGGACCUAUGGUACGUGAUCCUCAACGGCUCUGUGGAGGUGAUCCACACAGACGGGCGGGCUGAGGUGCUGUGCAUGGGUAACAGCUUUGGCAUCUCGCCCUCCCUGGAUAAGCAGUACAUGGAUGGUGAGGUGCGAACCAAGGGGGAUGACUGCCAGUUUGUUUGCAUCGCCCAAGAGGACUACUGGCGUAUCUUGAACCAUGUGGAGAAGAACAUGCACAAGGUGGAGGAGGAAGGUGAGAUUGUCAUGGUGAAGGAGCACCGUGAGCUGGAUCGCAGCGGCACCAGGAAGGGCCACAUUGUCAUCAAGGGAACUCCAGAGCGGCUUAUCAUGCACCUGGUGGAAGAACACUCUGUGGUGGACCCGACCUACAUUGAAGACUUCCUCCUCACGUACCGGACCUUUCUAUCUAGCCCAUUGGACGUGGGCAAUAAGCUGCUAGAAUGGUUCAAAGUGGACAGCCUGCGAGACAAGGUUACACGGGUGGUGUUGCUAUGGGUUAACAACCACUUCAACGACUUUGAAGGGGACCCAGCCAUGACACAGUUCCUGGAGGACUUUGAGAGACUCCUUGAAGCAGCUAAAAUGAAGGGUCACUUGAGGCUUCUGAAUAUUGCCUGUGCUGCCAAGGCCAAGUGGCGGCAGGUCACACUGUUGAAGCCUUCCAGGGAGUCGCCUCUUCACUUCAGCUUACAGGGAGGCAGCGAGAGAGGCUUCGGCAUCUUUGUGGAGUCUGUGGAGGAGGGCAGCAAGGCUGCUGAGGCCGGUCUCAAGCGGGGUGACCAGAUAAUGGAGAUUAACGGUCAAAACUUUGAGAACAUUUCAUAUGCCAAAGCCAUGGAUAUUUUGAAAAACAACACACACCUCUCCCUCACAGUGAAGACGAACAUCUUUGUUUUCAAGGAGCUCCUCAGCCGAAUUCAGCAUGAGAAGAAGAACGGUGGGCCUCACAUCCCUAAGAUCCAGGAAAAGAAGAGCAACCGCUUCUCCAUCCCAGACCUACCCGGUGAUAUUGAGUUCUCCACUGACAAGACAAGCAAGAAGAUGAAGGCCAAUACUGUGUCUGGCAGCAGGAAUAAGAUCAGAAAGAUCCUAGACAAGACGCGUUUCAGCAUCCUACCCCCAAAGCCGUUCAGUGACGGUGGUGUGAUCCAGACCCAAGAUGACAGCGUUGUGGGCACCAAGCAGUGUAGGCACAGCGUGGCCAUUAUGCCCAUACCUGGAAACCUGUCCUCCAGCAGUCCUGACCUCCUGCAGCCUGCAACCAGCUUGAUCGACUACUCUACCCCUGCAGCAUUAGGACUUUACUAUGUUCCAGAUCAGGUGAUCAGAGUCUUCAAGGCUGAUCAGCAAAGCUGUUAUAUAAUAAUCAGUAAAGACACCACAGCCAAGGAUGUGGUGUCCCAUGCAGUCAAUGAGUUUGGCCUGGCUAUGCCACCUGACACCUACUCACUAUGUGAGGUGUCCAUCAGUCCAGAGGGUGUCAUCAAGCAGAGGAGGCUGCCAGAUCAGCUCUCCAAAUUGGCUGACAGGAUACAACUCAAUGGCAGAUACUACCUGAAGAACAACAUGGAGACCGAGACACUAUGUUCAGAUGAUGACGCUCAGGAGCUGUUGCGGGAAAGUCAGAUCAGCCUUCUGCAGUUGAGCACUGUAGAGGUGGCCGCUCAACUCUCUAUGCGUGACUUUGAGCUCUUUCGCAAUGUUGAGUCUACCGAGUAUGUGGAUGACCUCUUCAAGCUUGACUCACGUACUGGUAGUAGCCAUCUCAAGAGAUUUGAAGAGGUCAUCAACCAGGAAACCUUCUGGGUGGCCACAGAGAUCCUUAAAGAGUCCAAUGCCUUGAAGAGGAUGAAGACCAUCAAGCACUUCAUCAAGAUUGCUCUCCACUGUCGCGAGUGCAAAAACUUCAACUCCAUGUUUGCUAUUAUCAGUGGCUUGAACCUGGCGCCAGUGGCCCGUCUACGGGGCUCAUGGGAAAAGCUGCCAAGCAAGUAUGAAAAGCUGUUCCGAGACCUCCAGGACGUUUUUGACCCAUCCAGGAACAUGGCCAAGUACCGCAAUGUGCUGAGCAGCCAGAGUGUACAACCCCCCAUUAUCCCACUGUUCCCUGUAGUGAAAAAGGACCUGACCUUCCUGCAUGAGGGGAAUGACUCGACUGUGGAUGGCUUGGUGAACUUUGAGAAGCUGCGAAUGAUUGCCAAGGAGGUUCGCCAUGUGGUGCGCAUGACCUCAGCCAACAUGGAUCCCGCUCUCAUGUUCAGACAGAGGAAGAAGAGGUGGAAAAGCCUUGGGUCCCUAAGCCAAGGCAGCACCAACUCCACCAUGCUGGAUGUCCAGGGAGGGGCCCACAAGAAACGGGCGCGCCGCAGCUCACUGCUUAAUGCCAAAAAGCUGUACGAGGAUGCGUUGAUGGCUCGAAAGGUCAAGCAGUACCUAUCCAACUUGCAGGUUGAAACAGAUGAGGAGAAGAUCCAGAUCAUGUCUCUGCAGUGCGAGCCUGCUUACAGCACCUUGUCUAAGAACGUCGGUGAAAGGAGGUCAACCAAAUCAGACAUGUCACCAGUAUCGCUGCGCUCAUCGCUGACGCAGGGGAAGUCGCACCCUCAGAACCGGAUGAGCCAGGUCCUUCAGGCGGCCCCCGUGAGCCUGAACCCCCUCCGAAAGAAGAGUGUGGCCAAAGACCUUGCUGUGAACAACUCCAGCUCUCCACAGGUGGUGAAGAAACCCAUUAGCUCUUCUGAGGACACUGUGUCCAUCGUCUCCUCUUUGCACUUGACCCCCACUGUUUCACCACAGGGCUCUCCCUGCAAAGUGGGUGGAGCCUCAAAGCCCCAAAGCUCCAGACAGAUGAACCUCUCAGGCUCCUGCUCCUCCCUGGCAAGCGAGGCCAGCACUAGGGCCAGCGGCUCCCGCAGCUAUGGAAUAGGCUAUGCCUUGAUGCCAGCCGGCAGGUCAGACAACCUGUCGGAUUCUAGCCACAGUGAGAUUUCCUCACGUUCCAGCAUCGUCAGCAAUUGCUCUGUGGACUCAAUGGCCGCGCACGGUGCCGAGGAACGUUGCCCCUCACGGACCCCCUGUCCCACAGAUGGCCCAGUCACUGCUGCCCGGCUUUCUUCUGACUGUGGACAGCUUUCCAUCAGUUCUUCGUUGGUCCGACCCAUUGUGACCAGGGCCUCCACCUUCCCCUGCUCUGCAAGCAUUGACGAGUUGGGUCCUGAGAGGGGCAGUGUGGACCCAGCUGAUAGUGGCCGCAGCAGCUGGACAUCUUGCUCCAGCAGUUCCCAUGACAAUUUCCAGGGUCUGUCAGUCCAGCGGACCUGGGACCUGAGUGGUUUCCGGCAGCCGCCACCUAUCGCUGAGGUGGAGGUCAGUGGGCAGGAUGAAGCUGUUGGGGACUGUUCCAAUCAUGCUCGCCAGAGUUGGGCCUCCUCCAGCUCCCUGUCUGACACCUGCGAAGGAAGCUACGGAACUGUCAAGCGCAGGGUAGGCGAAGGCCCAACUGUCACCGUGGCAACACCAGGGGCAUCUGUAGAUGGGCUCCAGGGCAUGGAAACUGCUUAUAAAACUGUAACAUCCAGCACGGACAAAGGACUCAUAGUGUAUUGUGUAACCUCCUCCACCAAAGAUGAUCGGUACAGGGGGCCUCCCCCCACCCCCCCUGGAUACCAGGGCCUCUCCAUGGGCCACACUCUGGAUGGAGGCCCCCGGCAUCCUCACCUUAGGCCACCUGACUAUAAUGUGGCUGUGCAGAGGUCAAAGCUGCUGCAGAGUCCGGCAGGACCCCCGCUGAACCACCACACCCCGCAGCCUAGGUUAGGCAGUGUAACCCUGCCUGGCCAGCCAGAUAGUGAGGAUGAGGAGCAGGUUUCUGCAGUUUAGCUGUAUGCCAAGUUGAGCUGGACCAGGCCAACCUGGCGCGGGCCUGCGGCGUCAAGCUGGAACGUGAGGGAUUGCUGUGGGUGGGAAGUCACAUAAGCUAAAGCAACCUGCUGCUCACUUUUCUCUCAGCACAUGUCCCUGUCCCUGUCACUGCCUACUGCCCCAAGCAGCACAGCAACAGUACAAUACAAAUGAGUACAUGGAUGUAUUUCUCUUGUUAUUGUCUGGCAUGGCUUAGAUUAGGGUUUUUAUACUUGUCUGUUCAGUGUCCACACAAUGAAUCUGACAUCCGACAUUUGAUUUGAAGAUUUAAGUGGCAUGUUUGAUGUGUGCUUUUAAAACAUGCAAGCAAGAUAGUUUUUCCUGGGGGACAAAAAUGAAAAAAGAGAAUAUUAUGACAGGUUGUUAGAAUGACGCCCCCCCCCCCCCCAAAAAAAAAAAAAAAACUAGACUAUUUGUUGCGACUAAACCCAAUCUGUUAACUCAGAAGGCAGUUUUCACGUGGAUUUUUGAGCGUUUAGCAUGUGGGGGAGAAGUUCCACAGUUUGUAGUUUAUUAUUAGCUUUAUGAGAAUAUUUUUAGUUCAGUAAAUGUAUUGCUUGUUCUGUUAAUUCCAGACCCAGACUAUUCAGUCAUGGUAAAUGCAGUUAUUUGAUCAUUCAGGAUAAUGAUUAUGUCCUGAAUUAUUUAAGGAUACUGAAGGACAGAGUUUUACCAUUUUAAAACAAGUUUGUCUUAAUUUCAUCAGAACGGAAUAGCAAAGUUUGCAAAUGGAAUGAAAUUGUUUACAAAGUUAUUAGAAUUAGUUUAAUGUGCAGAUCAAUUUUUAGAUUUUGCACAGCUUAUACUAAGUACAACUCAUGACAAAUUCAGGCUUUUUAUGCAGAACGAUUUCUGUGCAUACAGCCUCACAAGCACAGUAUGUGUUUAAUACGUACCUCAGCUACUAUAUGGCCCAUCAUAAAAAGUCAUUACUUUUGAUGUACAUGCUGAUGAAAGCAAAAGGAAAACAGAGGAUUAACAGGUUGGUCGAUGGAAAGUAAAAUCUAGCAUAUAAAUUUACAUCUCCAAACAGUGUUUUACACCUUGAGUAACACAAGUCUUAUUUUGCUUUUUUGCUACCAUGAAAGCACAGAUGUGUAUAUUUAGGGAUAUAACUGGAUUACUUAUUGUUUUUACUUUUUGGACCGAAUGUUAAUAUUGUAUUGUUUUGCUGUACAAAACUUGAAGAUAUGGAUAAUAUAUAAAUAUAUACUUUUAUUUUUGGUUAAUUACUGAACAUGUACAGUUGAAGACAAAAGCUGUUUAGAGAUGGUAUUUUUAAUACUUUAUUACAAUGACACCCAAGGCAAUUUUGUUAUCAGAGCAGAGAUUUCGUUCUUUAUAUUCUUUUUUGAGUUUGUGUUCUUGGCUGUGUUAGUGUGCCUAAAAAUGUGUUGUGCACACAAGGCCUGCCAGAGUACAGCGAGCACCUAGGUUUUCCCACGCUGCUCCACGAGGGCGGAUACAGCUGGAGACCUGAAACAGACGGACUCCUUGCCCAGAGGAGGAGAUGACUGGAGCUCUGUCUACAGUUAAGGACCCUCCACAUGGACCAGCUUAGCACCUGGCCCAGUGGUUUGCUCACACCUGGCCGUGUUGCAUUUUAAAUCAGCCUUUCCAUCCCCUCCUUGGCACAGUUGUGGUUCAGCCUUGCCAACUACGGUCUGUGCUCUUGCUAAUCAAUUUCUUUUUUGAUAUUGAACAGCUCUGGUUCAUUAUCAGAACUUUGGGUUUUAGUCUUUGCACAUUCCCCAGUAACACAAACGUACAUAAUAGUAUUAACUUCUGCCACAGACUUUUAAGAGAAUCAAAUAUAUAUAUAUAUA